CCUGUUUCAUCUUCUUCUGCAGUCAAUGUUUAUGUCAGAGUGCACAGAAACAGCCCCUAUCUUGUCUGCAUGGAUUUGUCUCUUUCACAAAGUGAAGUUAUAGACCCUAACUAUCUCUGGAUUGGACCAAAUGGACAGAACCUAAAAAGAAAACAGUAUGUGAACCUCACAGAAACUGGAAAGCUGAUGUUGGUUGGUUUUAAGGAGCACAUGUCUGGAUCUUAUAUGUGCACACUUUCUUACAGAGUUUUUCGAAAUGACAUGCAAGCAGAAGAAGAAAGAUUCAAGACCUAUAAAUUUAUGAUUUAUGCAUAUCGAGAACCAGACUAUACUUAUCGUAUAUCUGUUCACUUUACAACCAAAGAAUGCAAACUAGCAGCUAAUAAACGAUUCUUUGAAGAACUGCAGAAAAUCUUGAAUAAUCUGGUUGAUAAUCUGAAAUGCCACAUUGUUGAUUCAUCAUACAGAUGUUUUUCUGUUAAGCGACCCAAACAUGGAUUAGUAGAUGAACUAUUCAUUGUUUUUCAAGUAAAUCCAUUUGCCCCUGGCUGGGAGGUUAGUUGCCGUCACAUUACCACUGACUGUGAAGAUAUUACCAACAGCCAUGUAUAUAAGGCUCGAGGGCUCAUUGAAAAGUUUUUCCGUGAACAAUGGUACAUCUUGAAACAUGAGUUUGUGAACAUCCCUGCAAUCCAUUACAUAGAUCACAGUUUCCAAGUCACUCGGCUAGACAGCUGUCGUCCAGGGUUUGGGAAAAAUGACUUUAUCCAUAAUGACUGUGCAAAUUGCUGUGUUGCCUGUGACCCUGGGAGUUACAGCCCAAACAAUGACAUAACCUGCCAGCCUUGUACAAGCAUCCGGAUUAAAUACUACGGAGCAAAAUCCUGCUAA